AUCAGGGAUGGACAGGAGUGUUUGCGUUCGGCUGGUUGGGAGGUGAUAUUUAAAGAUAUUUUUCUAGAAUGAAAGCAGUCAAAUAGGAGGAGGGAUGAGUGAGUUUGGACCAGCGGAUCUGGUCGCAGGCCUCUGUUAUACAGACGAGGAGAAUCCUUUCCCUCUGUGGCAGAAUGGACACAUCAGCCCCUGUUUCAACCAGCUCGUCCUCGGAGCCCUGCCUCAUGCUGGGAUGGCAGUUUUCAGUGCCUGCUACCUCGGCAUGGCAAGAUGCAGCCUCCUCCAGACGUCUCCACCCUGUGGUUGGACACUCAGGCUGGUGUCAGCUCUGGUGGCUGCGCUGCUCUUCACUGCAGAUGUCAUCCUGGUGAGCGUCCUCCAGCAGGGGGACAUGUACCUGGAUCUUCUAACUGACAGCUGUGCCAUCCUGGCCUGGCUGGUCCACUUCGGGGCCAUAACAGUGCUCCAGAAAACUGCUUUCAGGAGAACUAGAGGACCUCCACUGCUGCUUCUGCUGGUUCUUCUGUCCGUCCCCAACCUUGUCAUCACCUUGAUGAUUUACUGUGAAAAUGAAGAAUAUUUAAACCUUACAGAACCUCUUAAACUGGCACGAUUUGUCCUCGCCUCAGCCCGGACGCUCCCUCUCCUGGUUUACCUCCUGGCUUUUGCGUUUCCUUGCAUCAGUGAUGCUGGGUACACCUUGUAUGUUAACGCUGUGGAUGGAUCCCCGCUCAUCCCAGAGAGCACCCAGCCAGACACAGGUGAGAUGGUGGCCGAGGACGGGAGUGGCUGCACCUCUCGACUCUUCUACCUUUGGUUGACUCCUCUCCUGAGACGAGGGCGGCAAGGGGAGCUGGGAAGACCAACUGACGUUUAUCAUCUUCCUCGGAAACUUCGGACUAGCGUGGUUUGUCGAUACUUCCACCAGUGCUGGGAAGCCUGCCGCCGAGGGGCAGCAGUCAGUAGCGGGCAAGAUCAGUGGCCAAGGCCGGUCAGCAGAAACCUCCUGAACGGCACCUGGAGCUCACACUACCUGGAGGAACCGCUGGAGCUGGAGGGGGAUGUAGGACUGCUGAGGGUGCUGCACGUGGCGUUUGGGUCGCGUUAUUACGUGCUUGGUGUGCUGAAGGUGGUGGUCAACAUGCUGAGCUUUGCGGGUCCCCUGCUCCUCAGCACACUGGUGAACUUUAUGGAGGAAGAAGGGGCCCCGGUUAGCAGAGGCGCCUGGUGCGCACUGGGGCUUUUUGCCACCACCCUUCUUUCCUCUGUUCUCCAAAACAUCUUUGUCUUUGAGGUCUCCAAGGUGGCGCUGUCAGCACGCGCCGCUCUCGUGUCGGCCAUAUAUGGCAAAGCCCUGCGGGUCAGCGGCAGCAGCCUGGCCCGCUUCGCCCUGGGAGAGGUGGUGAACUUAAUGAGCACGGACACCGACCGCGUGGUCAACUUCUUCAACAGUUUCCACGAGCUGUGGAGCCUGCCCUUCCGGUUCUCUAUCACCCUCUACUUGCUGUAUCUGCAGGUGGGAGUGGCUUUCCUCGGAGGGCUGUGCGUGGCGCUGCUGCUGGUGCCGCUCAAUAAGUUCCUCGCCUCCCGUAUCCUUAGCAACAACAAACACAUGCUCAGGUACAAGGACAGCCGUGUUAAGCUCAUGACAGAGAUCCUCUUCGGCAUUCGCGUCAUUAAGUUCUACAACUGGGAGCCUCACUUUGCCCAGAGGGUCGCUGACUGUCGUAAACAGGAGCUGUCCCACCUCAAGGCCAUCAAAUACCUGGACGCCAUGUGCGUGUACACCUGGGCUGCGCUGCCGGUGGUCAUCUCCAUCCUUACCUUCGUGACGUACGUGAUGCUGGGACACCAGCUGACUGCAGCCAAGGUGUUCACCACGCUGUCUCUGGUGGGGAUGUUGAUCGUCCCGCUCAACUCUUUCCCCUGGGUCCUCAACGGCAUCCUGGAGGCCAAAGUGUCUCUGGACCGGAUCCAGCGCUUCUUCAAACUGACCAACCAGGAUCUGCAGGCGCACUACGCCCUGGUGUCUCCUGAAGACAGUCAGACAUCGGUCCUGCUGAGCCAGGGGACAUUUUCCUGGCAGAGGCCCGGCGGUCCUGAGCAGAACAAAGAGGGAGAAACUGAAACUGGAGCUGCCAAUGGGAGUCUGCUGCUGCACAGUCUCAAUCUACACAUAACUAAGGGCUCUCUGGUUGUUGUGGUUGGGAAGGUAGGCUGUGGAAAGAGUUCCUUACUGGCUGCACUCACAGGAGAACUCAACAGGCUGAGUGGAGUGGUCUAUGUUGCAGAAAGAGAGGCCGGCUUCGGUCUGGCCUCUCAGGAGCCGUGGAUCCAGCAUGCAUCAGUACGAGAGAACAUCCUCUUUGGCAAAGACUAUGAUCCCACCUUCUACCAGGCCGUGAUCGAGGCCUGUGCUCUCUCGGAUGACCUCAAUGUUUUGCCAAAUGGUGACAAGACAGAAGUGGGAGAGAAUGGAGUGACUCUGAGCGGGGGACAGAAGGCUCGGCUGGCCCUCGCCAGGGCUGUUUACAUGGACAAAGACAUCUACCUCCUCGAUGAUCCGUUGGCAGCGGUCGAUACAGACGUGGCUGAACACCUCAUGCAGAAAUGCAUCACGGAACUCCUCCGGGGAAAGACCAGAAUCCUUUGCACGCACCGAACAGAGUUUGUGGACAAGGCUGACGUGGUGGUCCUCAUGGACAACGGAACAAUAAUCAAAACAGGUACAUCAGCAGAAAUCCUUCCUUUGGUAGAGGCAGCGCCGAAAAAAAGGAAGAAUGACCAAAACACGAAAGAGAAAGAUGGCGCGGAGCAGGACGAGGAUGAGCCGGGUUCAGCCCCUGGUCUGUGUGUGGACGAUGAUCCUGACCUGUUGGGGGCGGAGCAGAAGCAGGCGGGCGGGCUGGCGUGGAGCGUUUACCAGACCUACUGGGUCGCUGUGGGCGGAGCGCUGUCCUCCUGCGUCUUGGUGUCUCUGUUCCUCAUGCAAGCCUCUAAGAACGUUUCUGACUGGUGGCUGUCCCACUGGAUCUCUGAGCUGAAAGCCAACGGCUCCACUGGGCUCAAUGGUUCUCUUACAGGCGCAUUCAGCUCACCUCACCUGCUGCUCUUCUCACCUGGAGGAUUAAUGUCUCCCCUGCCACCUGUGCAAACGUUUCCUUCAAGCAACUUGAGCUCCGAUAUUAAGUUCUACCUGAUGGUGUACGGCUCCAUUGCCGCGGCCAACACCGUCUUCACGGCCCUCCGAGCCUUCCUCUUCGCCUACGGAGCCAUCUGCGGCGCCACAGCCAUCCACAACAGACUUCUGGAUCGGGUCCUUAAGGCCACAGUGACCUUCUUCGACACCACCCCUCUGGGUCGCGUACUUAACCGUUUUUCCUCAGACCUGUACAGUGUGGACGACAGCCUGCCGUUCAUCCUGAACAUCCUGCUGGCCAACAUCUUCGGCCUGCUGGGCAUGCUGGUGGUGAUAAGCUACGGCCUCCCCUGGGUCCUAGUGCCCCUGCCGCCCCUGGCUCUGCUUUACCACCGCACGCAGCACUUCUACCGACACACCUCUCGGGAGCUGAAGCGCCUGUGCAGCCUCACCCUGUCGCCUGUCUACUCACACUUCUCCGAGACGCUGACCGGGCUGGGGACCAUCCGGGCCAGCGGCAGCUCUGCCAGGUUUGAGGAGGAGAGUGCUAAACGUCUGGAGCAGAACCAACGCUGCCUGUUCCUUAGCAAUGCCGCCAUGCAGUGGCUGGACAUCCGCCUGCAGCUGAUUGGAGUAGCUGUGGUGACGGGUCUCGGCGUGAUCGCUGUCGUCCAGCACCAGUUUCAAUCUGUUGAUCCAGGUCUGGUGGGUCUGUCCCUGUCCUACGCUCUGUCCAUCACAACCCUGCUGUCUGGGCUCAUAUUCAGCUUCACUCAGACUGAGAUGCAGCUGGUGAGUGUGGAGCGAACCGAGGAAUACUCCACCGGCCUGCCCACCGAGCCACAGCACCAGAACACGCAGCUGCCCCCUUCGUGGCCCGAGCAGGGCUGGCUGGAGUUUCGCGGUGUGGUCUUGGCGUACAGGGACGGCCUCCCGAACGCCCUGGACGGGGUGAGCCUGGUGGUGCGACCUGGGGAGAAGGUGGGAAUCGUGGGACGUACAGGGUCCGGCAAGUCCACCCUGUUCCUGGCCCUGUUCCGCAUGGUGGAGCUCAACCGGGGUCAGAUUCUCCUGGACGGGCUGGACAUCAGCACGGUGGGCUUGGGUCAGCUCAGGUCCAGGUUGGCCAUCAUUCCUCAGGACCCCUUCCUGUUCAGCGGGACCAUCAGGGAGAAUCUGGACCCGUGUGGGCGACACUCCGACCAGCAGCUGGUGGACGUUCUGGACCAGUGCCACCUCGGCUCUGUGGUCAACAGGAUGGGUGGUCUGGAUGCUGAGGUUGGAGAAAGAGGGAAAUCCUUCUCUGUGGGACAGAGACAGCUGCUGUGUCUGGCCAGAGCUCUGCUGACCCAGGCCAAGGUCCUGUGUAUUGAUGAAGCCACAGCCAGCGUGGAUCAGAAGACGGACAAGCUGCUGCAACUGACCAUCAGAGAGAAGUUUCAGGACAAGACCGUCCUCACCAUCGCCCACAGGAUCAACACCAUCAUGGACUGCGACAGGGUGUUGGUGAUGCACGGUGGGAAGGUGGCAGAGUUUGACAGCCCGGUUGCUCUCUGCCAGAGUGACCGCUCCAUCUUCCACAGGCUGGUUGGUGGGAGGGGACAGUGAGAUGACAGAGAGACACUGAAAGGAGGGAAUUUUUCCAAAACCUGAAGAUAUAUUUUUAUACUUUACGCUGGAAAGGUUUGCUGGGAACUUGCUUCCUUUGUCAGUGCGUCCUGCUUCACACAAACAUAGUUUAAAAAAACAAAAA